AUGGGAAUUGUUGUGGAUUAUUGCGAUUUGAGAGAUAUGGAAUUGCAGAAACAAGCGAAUUUUUCAGCAAAAGACUUUGGAAUCGGAAGAUUUGUAAUAUUAGUUUUUCUUAUUCAGGCUUGGACUUUUUUAGAAGUCCUGAUUGUAUCCUUCUUGGAUGAUUUGCUUUCUCACUUAGUCGUAGCCUUUAGUGUGCAACUAGUUCAUUUAGAAGAUUAUGGCGGUGACAGAAUUGAUUACAGCGAUUGGUUUAAGCCAGACCAUGGGUUUGAUACUAAUGUUGAAGCAAUUACUUGGGCUAAGAGUACUGCUAUAAGGAUUGGAUUUGAAUUAGUCAUUUCGUCACAUAAGAACGAGGGGAAAAAAAGCUUCUACGAUGUGCUCGGGGUGAGCGUUACAGAGGUUCAUUCACAGAUUUUGAUUCAUUCGAUACCGUCAGAUGAUGGGCUGAGUGGCGAGGCGAAAGAAAUUGUGCGAGAUAUGAGUGCGGCACAAGCGAAGCCGUGUUCUAUUAUGGCAGCUUUAAAAGAAAAUGUACCAUCUGACAACCCUACAAUAAGGCAAGUGUACAACUAUAGAGAGACUUUGAGAAAGUCUAGCUUUGAGGCUAGAGAUGUGGCUGCGCAAUUUUAUCACAUGGCUCAGCAAAAUGAUUAUGUACACUGGACUCUUGCUGAGGAGGAUACAGGUGUGGUGACCCAUAUUUUCAUGGCUCAUCCUGAUUCAGUGAGACUACUUCGUACGUACUACUGGAUCAUCGGCAUGGACUCCACGUACAAGACGAAUAAGUACAAGCUGCCUUUUUUGAGAUUAUUGGAAUGA